AUGCCACCUGAACCAGGUUCGGCGUCAAAAGAUCCCUUUGUUGAUUCUUCGACUGGUGGCAAUCACACCGCAGACGACCCUAAUAACCCAGUCUCUGAAGGUGUUGUGGAGAAUACAACAGAUAACGCUGCAUCCACUGCAAAAUCAGACCAGGACAACACAAUCCCUUCUGAGUCUGCAAGACCCGAGGCUCUCAAUCAAGACAAGAACACUAACAAAGAUACACCUCGACACGCAAGCCAUGGAACCCGUAUCCCUGCCCCGGCUUCCCAGAAGUUGGGCACUGGAGGAAGCCAACAGAAAGGCACCCGAGUGACUUCUGAGCACCGCAGCUCAAUUCCUGUUGCGGUCCGCAAGGUUGGCACGGAGCAUCAGAAUAUGCCUGAAGGUGGCUCUAGUGAACACGAGGCUGGUGAGACCCGUGUCACUGAAAGUACUCGCGCGCGUCAUGUGUCGCCUUUUCAACAUCAAAUCAAUACUCUGUGGGGGUAUAUACGAGAUGAAGACAUAGCAAACGAGGUCUCUCGCUACUCGUCCACAUCGUCCUCCAGUGGAGACUGGGAUGGUGAGCAGGAUGAUGAGGACAAGCUUGAGAGGCCCACCGGUUACACUGGCGAUAAUCGUCGGCCAUUCGAGCGAUCUGCUCAAUGUUUCUACGGACCACGUCUGCAGAUCGCGGCGUCGGCGGAAAAAGUUAUCAUGGGCACCCCAAAGCUGUCUUCGAAAUCGUCCCCUGAUCUCAAAAGAGACGACCCUCGUACUGCUACACAGGGUAGCCCUCACGACGCACGCCUCGGUGAGCAGAGUUCCAGAUCGGUUGAAGGAGGUCAUGACGCAAAGGCCAGCCCUGCUGGAACGCCUGAAGCUUCUCGGAACUUUUGCCGCCCCCGGCCUUCUCUUGAGAAUAUCUCCAGAAGGGACUUCAGUGGACGUGAGCUUUCUAUUCCAAGAAAGCCUGUGGGUAGCCCAAGCUUAACCGAUCUCCACAAUCCCAGUUCGAGCGAACUUCAGGGUCAGCACGUGGUGCCUACGGUGCCCAAGAUUCCCGAUGAACAUAAUGCGUUCUUGAACAAGGACAAACCUUUGCCUGAACUGAAAGCUGGCCUUAUCUGUAAGGGUACUGGCCAAGGAACAAAAGAAAUCACCGGGUCCAUGACUGGUGGUGGUCUUUCGGCGCAUGCGAGGGUCAAGAGGGUAGCAGCUGCUGACAGCCCGCAUCCCACCCGGACGUCCUCUCUACAGUCGAUUCCCGCUAGCCAAGGAGAGUCUGCCGUGACUACUCCUCGAACUCCUAGUAUACCACACCCAGGCGGCGGAACAGAUUUGGGGCGGACUGUGACCUUCGACGAUAUUGUGCCGGAAACCAAAAAUAGCGCACAGCGCGGAAAAGGCCGGUUCCCAGACUCGAGGAGCAAUCGCAUGCUUGACAGCUUCCGCAACAUUUUCAAGCAUAAAAAUGCCGCUGAUAAAGCACGUGUGAAGAAUGAAGAGAGCACCGACGCUGCCGUAGAAGAGUCUGGAGACCAGGCUCAAAGCGGCGCAGUCGUUCGUGCUAAUAAGGAUGUGGGUAAACUGGAAUCGGCGACGACAGCCUCCAAGUCGCGAACCAAGUCCCCCAGACUGCCCGAACGAGCUGGUUGGAGCAAGGGUGCUCGCAGCAUUAGUGCCCCUAUCCAUGUCUCUCCCGGAGCGUUCCCGACUCCUACUUCCUCAUUAUCUUCCAUCCCGGCCCUUUCGCCACGUGUCUACGAGGAACACCAUACUCCCUCAUUUGCUAGGCCUACCAAGUCAACGCGUACUAGAGCGGCCACAAACCCUAGGCUGCAAACCCCUGUUGCUGCAGAUGGCCGCUCCCGGAGAACUUCAGCGAUGGCAGCUUCUACUGGAAGCCCUCAGCGCUCGACCCGUGUUCCUCGUCAUCUCAAUGCAGUCACCGGCUCCAAGAAGGCAUCCCAGGCCAGAAAUAUCGCAGAAGAACAGGCAGCGACCUCCCAGUCUCCAGGCCCUGCUUCUUCCCAGACAAACCAUGCCUCAAAUGCAGAUUGGUGGAAUCUUCCUAAGGAGCAGAAAGAUGAGGAGAUCUCUGCCUUCAUUCCCCAAAUCUUCCGAGAGAUAUGUGAAGAGACGGACAGGGAUAAGAGAGCAGAGAUGCUUCGGGAAACUCUCUCACUCAAGCAUCAACUGGAUACUGUGAACAACGCGCGUGCGGUUGUUACAGAAGCCGAGGAGACGCUACGCAAGAAAUUGGAAAAGAAAACCGUUGCCGAGCGAGCUCUGUACGAGAAGUUCCUUCAAGCUCGGACCAAAGUCGCCUCUUAG